ACCAACCCUGCUUUGCAUUCUGGGUCAACUCGGCCUCACAUUUCCAGGAUGCACGCAAGGGAGGGAGUUUUGGGGGAGAGAAAGUUCUAGAAAGAAAGAUGGGAAGCUUUACAAAGGAAGAAAUAAAAACCAGUAGACGUGUGUGUGUGUGCGCGUGUGCGUGUGUGUGUGUGUGUGUGUGUGUGUGAGGCUUCGGUGAAUCAAGAUCUAAGAGGAAAUUUUGAGAGUAAAAAGUUAUAUGGUAAGGAGUGUUUGGAAGACGUGGAGGCCAGAAGGGCUUCUCUCCUUCUUACCUACUGGAAGUGGUUAUAGCACACAGGAUUGUAUGUGGAACACCAGCUUAUUUUGCCUUCUCUCCUGGGAGUCAGCAAUUAAGGAAGAGUCAGGAAAAGUGGCAGGCAUGCUGGGUAGCUGAUGAUUGAUUAAAGAGGAAGCUUGGAAGGAGAAGCUGCAGCUGGAGAGGCCCCUGUGAGGAUGGAGGUCACCACUCAGACCCUUUCAGAAAUCAGAGGGAGAACCUCGGAGCCCAGCACUCUGCAGGUAACCCUCGGCGGCCCGGACAGACAGAGUUCCUUACUUCCGAGUUACCGUCAUGCCCUUACUGACUCUGCCUCGACCCAGACAACGAGCCAAAAAUAUUUAUGACCUCUUGCCCCGAAGACAAGAAGAGCUGGGGAGACAUCCAUCAAGGAGUAUCCGUGUUUUCAGUACCGAGAGCCUCCUCUCCAGAAACUCUGACAGCCCUCCCUCCGAGUAUGUGCCCUCCCGAGCAGGCGAUGCCCCCCCCGUGCACGGAGCCCACGCUCACGCCAUGGGGUACGCGGUGGGCGUCUACGACAAUGCCGUGGGGCACCAGAUGCGCGGACACGCCGCUCCCCACGCCCACUACGUCAAUGUCAGAGCGCCCACAGGUUGCCCCAGCACUUCUUCAGAGGAUUCAAGGGAUUAUGUCAAUGUCCCCACAGCAAAAGAGGUUGCCGAGCAUUUAGCCUCCACCAGCAGUCCCCCUGGGAGCCUCUUUGUCCUCUCAAGUGCCGAGGAGCUGGAGUUCACUGGAGAAGGAGAGGAGGGCUGUGGGAACGCCAGUGACUGCACCAGUUUUUGGUCUCCAGGAGCUGAGGCCAGUGAUCCACCCAGCGACGGGGAAGAUUCUUCUCAGACCUCAAAUGACUAUGUCAACAUGGUCGGGCUGGAUCUCGGGGCUGUCCAAGGCAAGCGGCCCUGGGUGGCUCUUCAGUGCCGCAGAGAUUAUGAAAAUGUACCUCCGGCAGAUCCCAGCGGCAACCAGCAGCAGGAGGAGGAAGACAUGACAUCCUCAAACGCAGACCAGGUAGCGAGCAGGACGGAUGGUCCAAGGACCCACACCCAGCCUGUCACAGAGUCAGGGAGUCCCCUGGCUUUGAAGGAUUGUGUGGCCUGUCAGUCAUCUGCCCAGAGUGAGAAGCGUCAGAUGGAGCCUGGAGGAGAGCUGUCAGAUGAAGACUCCAACGACUACGAGAACGUGUGAGCUGCUAAGGUAGGAGGCAGGGACUCUGAGGAGGGGCCUGAAGCACGGCUCCUUCUUCAUGAAUUGAGACUCAGGUACCCAGCUGGAAACCACAUGACGUGGUCUGUCCUGCCAGAUUCGUAGCCACUGCAGGGUCUAGUGAAGACCCUUGAUCACCGUUGUAUUUCGGUGGAUUCGUUUGGUUAGGCUACAAAGAGGCAGAAACGAGUGGGAGCUAAGAGGCCCACAAGAGCAGAGGUUUGAGGAAGCCAGAAAGAAAUCCUUCUCAGGCAGGUUGCUGUUCUCUCUCGUAUCAGCUUAAGAAUGUUUGCUGAAACUGCCUUAUAGGACUGUUAGGAGGUUAAAAAUGGGAGAGUCCUUUAGCUCACAGUGGAUACAUGUAGUCCAAAAUCAUUGCCUUUACUGAUACCAGCAGGCUGCAAAGCCAGAAUACAGAUUAGUUUGUAAUCCAGGAAGAGGCAGAAGGAAGGAGGAAGGUGGGAUGGGGUUGGGGGACAACUUCCUCUUGAAAAUGAGUGUGGACAACCAAAUGCGGGGGGAAAGCACAGAAUAAUGGGAACCCUCGCUCAUUGCUGAAGGAGUUGCAAAGCAUGAUAGCAUCCACUCUGGAAAACUGUUUGGCAGUUUCUUAUGAAUAUACACUUAUUAGACAACCCAGCCUUUCCUCUAUUAGGUAUUUACUCAAGUGAAUGGAAAGCUUGUGUUCACACACACACACACACAAAACCCAUGCAUGACUGUUUAUAGCAGCUUUAUUCAUAAUUCCCAAAACCUAGAAAUAAUUCAGAUGUCCUUCAACAGCAAGCUGUCCUAUAUCCACACAGUGAGUUUAUCCAUACUCAGCAGCAAAAAGGAGUGAAGUGUUGGUUCAUGCAACAGCAUGGGCAGAUAUUAAAUGCAUGUUGCUGAGUGAAAGAAGCUAGACCUAAAAACCUAAAUAUUGUAUGAUUCCAUUUCUAUGAUAUCAUAGAAUAGGCAAAAUUAAAGGAAUGGUGGUGGGGAGGGUAUAGCUCAAGUGGUAGAGUGCAUGCCUAGCAUAUGCAUAAGGCCCUGGGUUCAAUCCCCAGCACCGCCAUUAGAAAUAAAUAAACAAAUAAACGAACAAACAAGCCUAACUACCUCUAACCCUUCCCCCCCCAAAAAAAUUAAAGGGUUGGAAAACAGAGGAGUGGUUGGCAAGUUUGGGGAAAGGGGAGUGGUUUAUAACAAAGGAGCUAUACAGGGGAACAUUUGGGAUGAUGGAGCUCUUCUGUAUGGUAUUAUGGUGAAGGAAACAUGACGGUAUUUGUCAAAACACACACACAUACACAAAGUAUAGGGCACAAAGAGUGACUUUUAUUGUAUGCAAAUUUUUGAAAAAUUCACCAAACUGUCAGGGGAACCCACGAUAAAAUGCAGAUUGUAAAAAAAAAGUCAAGCUGUAUUACAAAUGUUUGACAUAAUUUCGCCGAUGGGAGUGGGGAAAGCAAAUAAGCUGGCCUAAUUAACUUUGGAAAACAGUGUUUCUCCUCGAAACUGUAAGAUAAAGACACAAAGAACUGGAACACCAGCACUGCAGUCUAGUUGGUAAAUUUGUAUCUCAUGGGAGUAUAGUUUAGCAAUUCUGAAACUAUUUAAAUGUGUACUUGGGUUGAACAAAUAAGUAAAUAUAUAAUAGAUAAGGAGAGGCAGGUUUCCUACUGUCAGAGAAAAGUGACAAUAAGCAAGUAGGAAAGGAAAUACAGACAUGUGUGCAUACAGGCUGGCAUACAUAUAUAUUUCCUAACUGUCCACUAGAUCAUCUGGAAGCAAUGAGUGCACUUAGCACUCAGAUCUUGGUUUCUAUCUAAACUUGGCACACAUCACCUUGACCAUGUGGUCAAGGUUAACUCACCAGUAACAAGUCAUGUUGCUGUAUGAUCAAGGACAUGGGUGCUUAACCUCUGUGGUAUUCUUCCCCAAAUCCACAACCCUAGUUUUAUCAUAAGAAGCAUCAGAACAUUGGCUGACAUCUUACAAAUACUGACCAGAACACUUAAAAGUGUUAAGAGUUGUGAAAGACGAGGGAAGACUGAGAAGCUGUCAGACUGGAGGAGACCAGGGAGGCAUGACGACUAAAUGUAACAUGGUGUCGUGGAUGGGAUCCUCGUACAGAGAAAGAACAUUGUGGGGAAAAUGUGAAAUGAAAAAAAAAAAAGAAGAAGGUUCAUAUUUUAGUUAAUAGUAUUGUAUCAAUGUUAAUUUCUUGGUUUUGAUAAACGUACUAUGGCUAUGUAAUUUACAUUAGGGGAAGCUGGGUGGAAGGUAUACCAGAACUCUCCGUACUAUUUUUGCAACUCUUCUGUAAGUUAUGUCAAAGUGAAAAUAACUUUUCUAUAAGUUAUGUCAAAGUAAGAAUAAUUUUAAAGCAUGGACAAAGCUGGGAGCUCAGAGUGAAGAUGUCUAGGCUCAUUCCACUUAAAUAAAUGUGCCUUCUGUGAAAUGGACAGAAAAUAAAGCGCAUUAUAUAAUCGGUCUGGA